CAUUCCAUCCACAGCCGCUGAACUAGUGCAGUUUGAGCAUCAACAGCACAGCCCACUGUCAGCGCUGAAUGGAGCUAUGCUAUCACAGCGACACUGACCUACAGCAUUUAUAAACCAUAGCUAAAGAUGCAGUAGCUCUCUUUCUGCACGGACUCCGUGUCUGUGACUGAGUGCAGGCUUUAGGAGACUCAGCUAUAGGAGAGUUUGUACUGAACACAGUCUUUGUUUACUUCCGUUGCCGCUCUGACUGCAUCAUCACUCCAGCCAGUAUGAGUUCUCGGCAGUGUCAGAACUGCGGUGGAGCAGACAUUGACAUCGACCAGGCCAGGGGCAGCGCUGUGUGUACAGCCUGUGGCUCUGUACUGGAGGACAACAUUAUAGUGUCUGAGGUCCAGUUUGUGGAAAACAGUGGAGGGGGAGCCUCUGCCAUUGGCCAGUUUGUUUCUGCAGAUGGUCCUGUGAAGGCCCCAGUCCUGGGCAGCAGCUUUCACACAAGCCUUGGAAAAGAGUCACGUGUUCAGACGCUUCAGAACGGGAAACGGCAAAUACACAGUCUGGGCAGUCAGUUACAGCUAAACCAGCACUGCCUGGACACAGCCUUCAACUUCUUCAAGAUGGUGGUGAGCAAGCACCUGACAAGAGGACGCAAGAUGACCCACGUCAUAGCAGCGUGCCUCUACCUGGUCUGCCGGACCGAGGGCACACCGCACAUGCUGCUGGACCUGAGUGAUCUCUUGCAGGUGAAUGUUUACAUCCUGGGCAAAACCUUCCUGCUGUUAGCCAGAGAGCUCUGCAUCAACGCCCCUGCUGUUGAUCCAUGUCUGUAUAUUCCACGCUUUGCCCACAUGUUGGAGUUUGGAGAAAAGACCCAUGAAGUAUCAAUGACUGCCCUGAGGCUGCUGCAGAGAAUGAAGAGGGACUGGAUGCACACAGGACGCAGGCCAUCAGGACUGUGUGGUGCAGCUCUGCUGGUGGCAGCCCGUAUGCACGAGUUCCGCCGCACAGUGAAGGAAGUAAUACGUGUGGUGAAGGUGUGUGAGGCCACUCUGAGGAAAAGACUGACAGAAUUUGAAGACACACCCACCAGUCACCUGACUAUUGAUGAGUUCAUGCGAGUGGACCUGGAGGCGGAGUGUGAUCCCCCUUCUUUUGUCGCUGGCCAGAAGAAGUUAAAGAUGCAGCAGCUGGAGCAUGAGCUGGCCAAGAAGCUUGAUGAAUAUCAAGGUGAGAUCAGCUCAUAUCGGGAUGAGAUCGAGACAGAGCUGGAGAACAGCAGACCCAAACUGAAAGGGAUUUAUGCCGCCUACACCAAAGAAGACACCUAUGAUGACAGUCUGUCUCUGUCUUCGGACCCCGCUGGAGAAGAAGACCUGGAGGAUGAGGAGAUGGAGGCCGCAGCCCAGCACCUUAGUAAGGACUUCAUCUGCCAGAUGCUUCCUAACCUGGAGCACAGUCCUCACAGUGUGACCGAGGCACAGGAGCAGGAUAAAGAACCUGCCGGACCCUCUGUCAGCUCCACACAUGUGCCCCUUGCUGCCCUGUUGGGACCCCUGCCAAGUGCUGCCAGCUUAGGCCUCACAGAAUCCAUCCGCCAUUGCAUAACAGAGGACAAAGAAGAUGAAGGCAAGUCCGAUAGCGGCGAGCUUGAUCUGGAAGGCAUUGAUGAGGACGAGAUCGAAAAGUACAUUCUAAAUGAGAAGGAGGUGCAAGCCAAGACAGAGCUGUGGAUGAAGCAGAAUGAGGAGUAUCUGAGGGAGCAGAAAGAAAAAGAGGAAAGGAUAGCUAAAGAGAAGGAGCAGGGAACAUAUAAGGAGAAGCCCAAGAAGCCCUCCAAGAGACGAGAGCCCAUCCGUGCCAGCACUGCUGGAGAGGCCAUAGAGAAGAUGCUGGAGCAGAAGAAGAUUUCGAGUAAAAUCAAUUACGACGUGCUGCGUGAUCUCAACAGCAAGGGCAGCAGUCCGUCUCAUCAGGCCGAGGAGGUUCCCAGUGGUGGCCCUGGGAGGAAGAAGCUCACCCGACGCAAGAAGCAGCCCAACAAGAGCAAUCUUGGCCUGGCCAAGCCUGCCAGCCUCAUGGGGAAAAGGCUCCGCCCCCUGAUAUCAUCCAGUCCCAAAAAGAAGAGAGCAGCUGCCCAGGUUAUGCCUAGCCCUGUGAUGCUACCUCCAUUGGCGCCUGAGCCUCCUCCUAUACCCACCCCUCCUCCAGUUGUGGAGACUGGCCCAAUUUCAUAUGAGGAGCCGGUUGAGGAAGAGGAGGAGGAAGAGGCAGAGGAGCCCUGUGUCAGUGCCAUGGAGCUUAUGGGAGAGAACGAAUAUGGCUGUGAGGCUGAAGAGGAGGAGGUUUUCUAGUCUGCAGUAUUCUUCCCCCCUCUCUCCAGCGAGUGAUGCUUUUCAUCAGACCCAGAAACCUUGCCUUCCUCCCUGUGGAGACAGGAGAACAGGAGAACAGGAGAAGACGUGUGUGCUAUUGUUGUUGCCAUGAAAUAUUCCUAUAUCGCUGCUUCUUAUGCGCCGGCAGACUUGUUGAGCUCCAGCGCAUCUGCAUCUGGCACAGUGAAGGGACAUUUGGGGUUGAACUCAACACGUGAGCGAGACGUGGCUUUAGAUUGUGUUUCGGACCAUUAGUCUCACGUUAAUCCAGCAGCUGUACGUUGCUGUAGUCACUUUAUGGAAGGGAUGUUUACCAGACCAAGCCCAUGCCUAAGAGGAAACCUAAUAAGCUGUUAAGCAUCCAGUUAUGCCAGUGAUAUAGCUGGACACUAAGCCCAGGCAGAUGUGUUCAUUAGUGAAGUGUACACCUCUGUCUCACUCACACAUUUUUUUUUUUUUUUUGCAAGGGUUGUUAUCUCUCUGGAUGAAUUGUUCUGCGUCCACAUUUGUUUUUAAGGUCAUUCGCACUCAACCUGUUUUUGUUCUUGAAUUUUAUGACAGCUGUUUCUGAUGUUCCAGAAGCACAAGUAGGCUCUUAACCAAUGUGUUUGUAAUAGAUGUUUUACUGAAAAAAAAAUGUGAAUAGAUGUUUUAUUUGUGUGCUCUUGUAGUGUUUUAUCUUUUUUAAUGUUUUAAUGUUUUGAUGUUUUAGCUUUUUUUGUUUUUUACUCACAUGGCAGCAUAAGAAAAUGAAUAUGUAUAUAAAUGUAAAUCUGUGUUAUAUAACCAUUUUAUGUGUCACUUGCCGCAUUCCAUUGAAGGUAAUAAUAUUUAAAUGAUAUACACUAUGUUGGUAUAUUGUACAGUACCAUUGUGGUUUAGAUUUGUAUCUGUUGCAGCUGUUGAUGUUUAAUUUUCAGAGAAAUUUUAGUGACUCAGGAAGGAACUGCUGCUAGCCAUUCCUAUUGUUAUUAAAAUGAAAUUUUGUUUAAGAAGAAAAGAGUUAUGUAUUCAAUAUAACCACAGUGCUUAAUGUAGUGUUUAUUUAGCCAGUGGGUGAUACAGUUU